GUGGAAUUGGUAGUCGUCCCAACAAACACGAGUACGAACUCAGCCGCAUGGGCAAGCAACACAGUCUAAGAUAAGAGAAGUCCGAACUACUGUAGUUCACGUCUAGUGGACCCAAAAUUAGGCUACAUACAGGUAUGUCUUCUGCCUCAGGCCCCUAGAGCCCUCAACUUGUUGUGUGGUUGGAUGACGGGAAUUGGAACCUUUUGGUACAUACGUCUCUGGUUGCUGUCGGCUGCCCUACAACCAGAGUCCUUCGCCGUAUUUUACUAGCCUACUGUAGCUUACAGUAGGCUGGACCCUGCCUUACACAGUUGCCAAUCAUGGUGGAUAUUCUCUUUUACCUUCAGAAACUCGAACAAUGGACGAACACACGGCAGACUCAGUGGUUUCUGACACCGCUGCGGACAAUCAACGUCUUCUGAAAAGACAUCGCGCCCGCCACACCAAGUCUCGCAAUGGCUGCUAUCCUUGCAAAUUCCGAAGGGUCAAAUGUGAUGAACUUCAACCCGCCUGCGGCACAUGUUCUUCCAGAGGCGAACCCUGCUCUUACCCCCGCCCAUGCAUCCCCUUGAAGAAACCCCCCAGACCUAGAAGAGAAGAGACAGGGAACAACAAUAGAUCUCUAUUACCGGAUUAUUUUGCGCCCUCGGAUGGAGGUUCGCCGCUUGGUUUGAUUCAGCCAUUGGGAAUAAACGCGACAUUACCAGCGCUUUUCUCGAGCCAGUCUAACCAUGGGCAUGGGGCCCUGGCCAUGAAUGAUUUGAAGCUCCUUCAAUUUUUUCAUUUGUACACCGCGAAACAAAUGUCAUUACACCCAAGGAGAGCCAUGGCCUGGCAGCAGAUCAUCCCUGAAUUUGGGAGCAAAAAUCAGUAUCUGAUGCAUCUGCUCCUGGCACUGGGGGGCAUCCACAUGAUUACACAGCAGGCUGAGGCCAACAGGACUGGGGGAUUUGAAGACUCAGAUACAGUGGACUUAGCAGUCAUUGUGGAACAUCAUCAAAGAGGACUGAAAGGCUUCAGAGAAGAGGUGUCUUGCAUCUCUCCCUCCAAUGCUGAACUUGUUUUUACAGGUUCUUUGCUGCUUGUUGGGUUUGCCUUUGCAUCUCUUAAGAUUCAGGAGCUCAAUUCACUUACUGAGACUCCUGAAGAGAUUAACAGUGCCAUGGAAAAUCCCUCUUCAACAAAUGACAUCUUACAUCUCAACUGGUUAUAUCUCAACCGAGGGGUAUCAUCUGUGAUAAAGGAUCAAUGGCAUGUGUUAAAAGCCAGCCGGCUCCAGCAGAUGGUGGUAUUUUCACAUGGUGAUGAGUUUUGGAAGGAUUUACCAUUCAAUGCACCAUCAUCUCGACUUUCUCAUUGCUCACCCCGCCUAUUCAAAUUUGCCGAAGGUGCCAGCCAAGCAGUCGCCAACAUAAGGGCUUCUUUGAAUGUGCCUGAACCUGCUAAGGAUGACUUAUCCAGCUGCUCGGGUACGCUGACAUCCCAGCCUUCACCGUCCAUGACUCUAGACUGGGUUGUGGACGCGCAGUCUGGGGCCAUGGACGUCCUGGAUACAGUGUAUUCACGCAUUCUCUCUGUAUUGCGGUGUGCAGCAACAGAGAAACCUGCUGACAUGGAGAUCCAGUUGGAUUUUGAAGAGGCUGCAAUUUUGUCCUGGCCAGUCCUGCUUCCAAGUCCAUUCUUGGCGUCGCUUGAGAGAAGCGAACAUAACUGCCUUCAUGGACACUCACUUGUCAUCCUUGCUCAUUUCUAUUUGGUAAAUACUCUAGUUGAUACUUGGUUUCUGAGGGGCUCCUUUGAAAGCGGGAUAUUCAAAAUCAAUGCGCUUAUUGGUACCCUGAAUGAGAGCCAGCUGUCAACAUUCAUGCUAUGGCCCAAUGAGGUCAUGAAUUUGCCACAGACCUGUACUCCUUAAAUAACAUAUUUACGACCAGUGAAGUACCUACUGGCACCACUUGGACGACCCUGGGCCGUGAUGGCUAGUUUGAAUAGAGACUGUUGAAGAUCCCCUCAUUAGAUCACUUGCUAGAUCACUUGCUUCGUAGUCCCUAGUAUAGAUCUUCUUCCAGUUCAUCACUUACAUCAACAAUACAAAUCACGCUGAGAC